CGCCUUACUUAACUGUAGCGGUGUUUCUUCUUUCUUGAUCGCUGCCGCCCCCUCCUCCACCGUUCGGUCCGCCAGCCGUUUUUGGCUCAAGUCGUUUUUUCCCCCUGGCACCCUCUGCCUGCUCCGCUGCGCUCUUCGGCAUCCAGCAGCGCGCGUCGACUCCGCGUAGCGGGCUGCGGACGGUCAGCCAUGUUGUCUACGCUGCGGUCUCCGAUGUCGGGCUGCGUGCACCGCGCCCUGCCGCUGGCCCCCGUGGCCGUCAGGGGCUUCGCCUCGGCGAAGGACAUCCGCCACGGCAGCGAGGCGCGGGCCAUGAUGCUCGAGGGCUGCAAUCGCCUCGCAGAUGCCGUGGCGGUCACGAUGGGCCCCAAGGGCAGAAACGUGGUCAUCGAGCAGUCUUACGGGGCGCCCAAGGUCACGAAGGACGGCGUGACCGUCGCGAAGGCCAUCGAGCUGAAGGCCACGCCCAUGGUGAACGUCGGGGCCCAGUUGGUCAAGACUGUGGCCAGCAAGACCAACGAUGUUGCUGGGGACGGCACCACCACGGCCACAGUCUUGGCGAGGGCCAUCUUCCGAGAAGGGUGCAAGGCGGUUGCGGCAGGCAUGAACCCCAUGGACAUUAAGCGCGGGAUGGACGCCGCGGUGAAGACGGUGCUCGACGAUCUGGCCGCGCACUCCACCACCAUCCGCGAGCCAGCCAGCAUCAAGAGCGUGGCGACCAUCGCUGCGAACGGCGACAAGGGCAUCGGAGGGAUGAUCUGCGAUGCCUUCGAGAAGGUCGGGAGGGACGGCACCAUCACAGUCUCGGACGGCAAGACCAUGGAGAACGAGCUGGAACUCGUCGAGGGUAUGAAGCUCGACCGGGGCUACAUCUCACCCUACUUCGUCACCAAUGCGAAGGCGCAGAAGGUCGAGCUCGAGAACCCGCUGGUGCUGCUUUACGAGAAGAAGAUCUCCUCUGUCCAGUCCAUCCUCCCUAUCCUGGAGCAGGUGGCGAAGCUGCAGAAGCCGCUGCUCAUCUGUGCCGAGGACGUGGACGGAGAGGCGCUCGCCGUGCUGAUCGUGAAUAAGCUGCGGGGUGGGCUGCAGGUCGCGGCUGUCAAGGCCCCUGGCUUCGGCGACAACCGCAAGGCCAUACUGCAGGACCUGGCGGUCCUCACUGGCGCGGACCUCAUCUCCGAGGAGACCGGCGGCAAGCUGGAGGACACGAAGCUCGAGCAGCUCGGCUCGGUCAAGACGGCCACGAUCAGCAAGGACGACACCGUGCUGCUCGACGGCUCUGGGGGCACGGCUGCGAUCGAGGAGCGCUGCGACGCCAUCCGCGCCGCCAUCGAGGCCUCGACGUCGGAGUACGAGAAGGACAAGAUGAAGGAGCGGCUGGCCAAGCUCAGCGGUGGCGUCGCGGUCAUCAAAGUGGGCGGGGCCAGCGAGGUCGAGGUGAACGAGAUCAAGGACCGCCUCAACGACGCGCUCAACGCGACGAGGGCGGCGCUGGAGGAGGGCAUCGUGCCUGGCGGCGGCACGGCGCUGCUGUACGCGUCGCGGCAGCUGGAGGCCCUGAAGCUCGACAGCCUGGACCAGCAGGUGGGCGUCGACGCGAUCCGGACCGCGCUGAAGCAGCCGUGCAUGCAGAUCGCCAGAACGCGGGUGCAGAAGCGGGAGUUGUGGUGCAGACCCUGCUGAAGUCGGAGGGCCGCUCUCUGGGGUUCAACGCCGCCACGGGCGAGUUCGUGGACAUGGUGAAGGCGGGCAUCAUCGACCCGACGAAGGUCGUGCGCACCGCUCUGGCGGACGCCGCCUCCGUGGCGUCGCUGAUGACCACGACGGAGGUCAUCAUAGCGGAUGAGGUGGCGGAGUGAGCGGUCCAGGCGUGCGUGCUGUCAGGCGUGGGCCUUCCCGCUUGGCCGAUCGACCCGGGCCGACGAUGGCUCCCGCCGUGGUGUUUGCACGCCUCGAGGGUGCCGUGGUGCCUCCGUCCUUCCCCGCUCCCCGUCUCCGCUUCCGAGACCGCGCGGCGGCACGCGAAUGGCUGCACACGGGGGCGGCCGCAGGGCUGCCCCUUCUCCGCGUACAGCGGUGCAGCAGGGUGCCCGGCCGGUGCUUGGGGGCAGGCAGGGCCGACGGGGGAUCGGGGGGGGGAGGCUCGCGGCACGGUAAUUCGUUUCUUGUGGACUGGCCUCCACUGUAUGACGUUGUUUCUUUGUCGACUCGCGGGGCCCUCUCGGCGCAGUCUGAGCUAUCUUGAAUGAGGCCGCCUUGGGGCCCUUUCCUGUGCGAUCUCUGGCUCCUUCCAUGGCCCUCUGUGCGCGGCACUGGUCGGCAGAGGUGCGCUUUUUCUUUGUCUCGAAGAAGAAGAGACAGUUUUGCUCGCCGCUCGGUGCGCAGUCUGCGCGUAAUCCCGUCCGCUCCGAGCGCCGAAGGUUGUCCUCAUCAGGGUCGGCUGCCUCGUGCGCGCCACAGACCGCUAUACAGGGGCCCUCUUCCGGCGCGGGCGCCGAGAGGCGCCCCUGCUUGGCCCAUCUAUUGGCGCAGCGCGAGAAACGAGCCCUCCUUCGCCAGGGUCUUGCACCACCAGAACCCUCCACUCGAAGACGAAAC